AUGGUACGCAGGACAAAAUUUAAGAAUACUAAAUGUGAAGCAUCUUGUUGGCUUGCAAUAAUUGGAACAAUAUGUUGCGUAACCUCAUCAUUUAUUGGUGCAUUGAGAAUGAGAUAUUGCAAUGUUAAGGAGAUGAAAAAGUAUAAAACAGCACAAUUCAUUAAUUCAAUAGCUGGAUUUAUUAGUUUGUUAAGUUCCGUGUCUGUUUGGGCAGAUUUUCUUUAUCAUCUUCCAUAUGAACUAAGUACAACUUAUCAAUUGAAUAAAUUAACUUUUAAUCAACAUAAACAACCAAUUAAGAACAGGAAAAUAUUUGUACCUCAAACUGGCAAUAAUCAAACUAAUAUAUUAACAAUUUCUUCAAUGUUACAUCUUUCUCGUAAUUAUUCUUUAUCUAAUUGGAUAAAAUUUAAAAAGGAUUUAAAUCAUCUUGAACAUUUACAUUAUAAUGGAAAUUAUUUAUUUGGUUGGGCAUAUUGGUUUUGUGUAGUAUCAGUUAUAUUUUUAUUUUUAAGUAAUUUGAUUUAUUUAAUGAGAAAAGAUUGUGAAGAUGAAAGACCAGUUGAAAUUGUUUUCACUUGA